AUGGCGCCCUUCCGCUCAUUUUCCAGCGUGUUGCUGGGUGCUCUCGCCCUCCUGCGCGCUGCGCAUGCCCAGGACGACUUUGCCUCGGACUGCUCGGCGUUGUUCGACAAGAUAAGCCUUGAAAAUGUCACUGUCACCUCGACGAUGUUUGUGUCAGCGGGUACGAACUUGACCGUGGUCGUCCCCGACUCAUGCGGGUCGCCGUCGUAUCAGGUCGCCAGCACCGACUUCUGCCGCGCGAUCAUGGAUGUCACGACCUCUGAGCGCAGCGGCAUUCGCCUCGAGGCCUGGUUCCCGCAGAACUACACCGGUCGCUUCCUGAGCACUGGUAACGGUGGUAUAGGAGGAUGCAUCCAAUAUAGCGACAUCGACUAUGCUGCCUCGUUAGGCUUUGCCACCGUCGGCGCCAACAACGGUCACGACGGCAUGACCGGCGAGCCCUUCCUCAACAACCCGGACGUCGUCACCGACUACUCCUGGCGCUCGCUGCACACCGGCGUCGUCGUCGGCAAGCAGCUCACGGAGACCUUCUACGGCGCACCGCACAACAAGUCGUACUACCUCGGCUGCUCGACCGGUGGUCGGCAGGGCUUUAAGGCCGUGCAGGAAUUCCCGGACGACUUCGAUGGCGUCGUCGCGGGUGCGCCGGCCUUCGCGUUCGCUGGGCUGCUCUAUUGGAGCGGCUCGUUCCUGCCGGUCACCGGAACCUCGGAGGAUCCGACCUUCGUGCCCACGGACUUCUGGACGCAGAAUAUCCACGCGGAGGUCCUCAAGCAAUGCGAUGCGCUCGACGGCGCGACGGAUGGGGUGUUGGAGAACCCGGACUUAUGCAACUUCGACGUGACGCCACUCGUCUGCACGGACGGGAACACAACGGAUUGCUUGACGGAGACGCAGGCGGAGACCGUGCGCACAGUCCUCAGCCCCAUCUACGACAAGAACGGUACCCUCGUGUAUCCGCGCUUGCAGCCUGGCGCGGAGGUCCUCGCCGGCGUUGCCCAGUUCGGCGGCCAGCCCUUCCUGUAUUCCACGGACUGGUAUCGCUACGUCGUCUACAACGACUCGAACUGGGACCCCAUGACGCUCACUAUCGACGACUACGCCGUCGCCCGCGCCCAGAACCCCGCCAACGUCGAGACCUUCGAGGGCGACAUCUCCGCCUUCGCCGCCGCUGGCGGCAAGGUCCUGCACUACCACGGACUGAUGGACGGCCUGAUCUCCUCGGAUAACUCGAAGCGGUACUACAAGCUCGUGCAGGACACUCUUUCGAAGGACUCGUCCGAGCUCGAUGAGUUCUAUCGCUUCUUCCCGAUCAGCGGCAUGUCGCACUGCAGCGGCGGCGACGGCGCGUACCGCAUCGGGAAUGUCGAGGGCGGCGCGGGGACGAGUCCGGACGACAAUGUCCUGAUGUCGAUGGUGCGGUGGGUCGAGGAGGGCGUGGCGCCGGAGGUCGUGCGCGGGGCGGAUGCGAAUGCGACGUAUUGGCGCGCGCAUUGCAAGUGGCCGAAGACGAACAAGUAUGUCGGGCCGGGGAACUAUGAGGAUGAGAGUGCAUGGGAGUGUUCGUAA